ACAUAUUUUAAUUCCAGCAUAAACUGUUGUAGACCAAGCAUUUGAGGAAAUGAGCUGUAGUCCACAAAAUAAGUCUUUAUUUAUUAAAUUUCUCCCCCCCCCCCCCCCCCGGCCUCAGGGCGGCUAUAACUUUUUUAAUGAACAAUAAAAUAUCACACAAUUAAAACAGAUAAAUCAGAUAAAUAAUUCUGAAAUACUCAGCUUUGAUGGCGACUUAUUAAAACCCGCAUAUCCCCUACCCCGGGAGACCAAAAAGAUGUUCUUCCGGCUUUCCCCUAGGGAAAGCCUGGCGGAGUAGCUCCGUUUUACAGGCUUUGGAAAUUACUCAGAUGCCGCAGGGCCCUACUUUCAGAGGGGAGCAUAUUCCACCAGGUGGGAGUCAGGACCGAAAAGGCCCUGGAUGAUGGCUGGAAUAACAGCGUGUGAUCCUGCAAAGUGCUACAAUAGUAGUCCCGUUUGUUUUCAAAAGCUUUCAAAUCAACCCCUGCUGAACUACAUUUCCCAGAAGGCUUAGCCCUUUUAGGAUCCUUUGGACUUUAGUUAGGAGGAUCAAGCUGCAAGGGGGGGGGGGGAUUUGCUGGUGCGUUUUGAAAAGAAGACUGGGGUGCUUCUGCAGAAAGCCGAGAUGGUCCCUAGGGUUGUGGUCUUGCCUUUUGCCACGUGCCUUUACGACGACCCGGUUCAAGUUAAAGUCGAGGGUCUCUCGGCGCUGCAGGCUGUCACUCUCCGGGCAUCCUUGGAGGAUGAAACCGGGGAACUCUUCCAGUCUUUUGCUUACUACAAAGCUGACAGCAACGGGGAGCUGGACCUCACGAGCGCCGCAUCCCUGGGUGGGAGCUAUUCUGGGGUGGAGCCUAUGGGGCUGCUGUGGUCCCUGGAAACCAAGACCCCCUUUAAGCGGCUGGCCAAGAGGAACGUUCUCACCCCUUUCCAGGUCGCCUACGAAGUGUACGAGGGCCACGGACGAGUCACCGGCCAACUACUGGGCCGGUGCGUCAGCGAGAGGUGGUUCCUGGCCGAAGGAGUGAGAAGGAUCCCUGUGCGAGAGGGCCGCCUCAAAGCCACGCUCUUUCUGCCCCCAGGCCUUGGACCGUUCCCAGGACUCAUUGACUUGUAUGGAAGUGGAGGGGGUCUUGUGGAAUACAGAGCGAGCCUUCUGGCAAGUAGAGGUUUUGCUACACUGGCCCUUGCAUACUUGGGUUUUGAGGAACUUCCUGCUUUACCAGAAUUCCUUGAUCUGGAUUAUUUUGGUGAAGCGGUAGAGUUUUUGCAGAAGCAACAGCAGGUUGCAGCUUCGGCAAUUGGAAUCCUGGGAAUCUCUAAAGGAGCAAAUAUGGCCCUGGCUCUUGCGGCAUUGUGGCCAGGCAUCAAAGCAGCUGUCAGCAUUUCUGGCACUGGCUUCAAUAGUUUUACCCCCCUGCGAGCGAAGGGGAUUACAAUCCCUGCCUUUCCCUAUAACUUGGAGAAGAUGAAGGUUGCUGAUGGUGCUGUUGAUUUCUAUGAAAUCAUGGGCGAUCCGAGAGACCCAGCUGCCUUGGAAAGUCGCAUCCCUGUGGAGAAAUCUUCAACCAAAUUUCUAUUCCUAUCAGGGCAGGAUGACAGGAAUUGGAAAAGUGAAUGCUACUGCCAGGAAACUGUUCAACACCUUCAGCAAAAUGGACGUCAUGUCGAGUUCUACUGCUAUCCUGGGGCAGGGCAUCUCUUGGAACCACCCUAUCUGCCUUUGUGUUGCGCGUCUUUUCACAAGCCACUGGGACUUGUUAUGCUCUGGGGAGGAAAGCAGAGGGAACAUGCGAAAGCACAGGAGGAUGCCUGGCAAAGGAUACAGAACUUUUUCAGACAACAUUUGCAGGAGUCUAGCAUCAAGAGUUAUUUAUAGUUGUGGGCUAUUGAGUGCUCGUGAAGUGCCAGUUAUGAAUGUGAGAACAGAGCAUAUCUCACUUGGGUUCUCUCUAAAUCUAAUACUGGGUUCUAGUACACAAAUAUUUGUUUUCUAAUUACUGUUCCUUUCAAGAAUGCACGCUUAUAUACGCUAAUGUUGGGAAUAAUCUGUUUAUAUAAUACAUGUUUAUCCCACCUUCCCUCUGGGGCUCAGAGUGGUGCACAUGGUUCUUUAUUACCCAUUUUAUCUUAACAAUAAAAUAGUCCCUCAUUUAGCAUCGCUCCUUGAUCCAGACCUCUCCCAUGGUUGCUUUGAAUUUCAAAAAGAAACGUAUACAGGAGAUGCAGUCACUGAUCUUCUAGUGACUCAUUUAGUUUGCCCCACAGUUUAUGUUUGCACUUGGCAUGCCUCUCUUGUGUGAAGGUAGCUGUGCAAAAAGACCAGCUCAGCCAGUGUGAGUGGGAAGAUGACUACUGUUCCCUUCAAAAACUGCCACACAUGUGUAGAGAUGACCCAUCCCUUUCAACUCUAGUACUAAACUGAAGUUGAAUAAUAUGAAUGUUUAAUUUGAAAUAUUUUUUUAAAAAAGGGGAGGAGGAGGAAAAAUGGGAUGAUCCAGGAAAUUCUGAAGUUGGCCACUAAAAGGUUUACUGUGGUGAAAUUUGUCUAUUUUAAAAAAUCAUAAUUUUGUUAUAGUUACUUUUCAAUAUCACAGCGCAUUCGAUGUGAAGCUUUGUUGGGAUGAGUGCUAAAUGUAAUAAACUUGUAUAAAGAAGAAUUAAGACAAAAA